AUGUCAUACGAUGAUGCAGCGAAAGUACUUCUAAGUAGGCUGAGCGACGUGAAACUUCGCGAUGCUGCUCUUCGUAGCGACCACACUGACUCCGUGCAAACACGACCACCGUCAUUAUAUGACCGACAUCUAUCCCCUAGACUGCACAUUUCCUCUCUACAUGUCUCCUCCGAAAUAUUGACCCAAUUUCGCAUCACUCUAGAGAAAUGCUUGCACUCCAGGGAGCACCUGUUAACCUACCUCAAGACGAAGCCGAGAAUCGCGGACUUCUCCCUAAUGCGGAUCUCGAAGGGCAUAGUGGGGCAAGUGAACAACGAGCAUUCCAUUGAGCUUGGACUACAUUCUGUCUUCAUUGGGGUACUCGAACUGGCCACUCUUGCCAUAUGCGAUAUCAAGUUCAGCGCAGAAGAUCAAUCCACAUAUCAAUAUCUGGAGGUCGCAUCUUCGAGGAAGAGUGAAGCUAAUGCAGAUCUGAUCAUCCAAUUUCAUUCUGCCGACUAUGCAACCCAGUCUUCGGACAUUAGCCCGACGUUCGCCCUACCAGAGGAAUGGUUGAAGUUGGGCCCCCUUUACGGACUGAAGAUCAAGAACGUGCUGGCAAUUGAUCCGCGGUUGUAUCUCUCACUGCUGCUACUUUCGGCGACAUUUGUGCACCACAAAGAACUGGUAUUCCCUUGGUGCAAGGUUGACUGUAUUGGAUGUGAGGGAUUUGCUCAUAGCCAUGCUUUUCUCGACGCCAUGCAGGGCGACUUCCAGUGUGUUUCUGAAGAUUCAAAUUAUGAACCUGGUCACGUAGACGAUGAAGGUCUUAGGGUUGCCAUUACUCGUGCAGUUGAACGUAUCCCUGAAUGGGACAAAGUUGUCGGAUCUCACCGCUAUCACAUCCGUCCACGCUGUGAGGAAUCCACAGGUACAACAAAUGAGCAUGCCUCACAGGAAACCAGCUCGUCAGAUAUGUCUAUUCAUCAUGACUUAGAGGAGUUAGUAAAAAUUCGCUAUAUUCUGGAUGCGCUCUUCUCCAGAUACGACAUAAACGACCCUACACUACAGCUCGAUAUCAAGGCUUGGCUCCGAAAUGCCGUCUGGAUCACCAUUCAGGCAUGGUCUGAGAUGUGUCGUCAUGAUACGACAUACCACCUCGUCAGCUCUUACCAAGUUUCGUGGGUCAUCCAUCGAAACCGAUGCAAGCGCUCCGCCACCAUAUCCGAAUUUUUCUUUCCAGGAGAUCAUAUCGUGCCUAUCUUGACCGGGUCUGUUGUCAAAGCAUUCGAAGAUGCGCAGAAUCGCGCAAGCUUUUGCAAAGAGUCUGUCCGUUCGUCCGAUCCACAUCUGCAGAAGCCGGAUGGCGAGAAGCGCAGACGUGAUCCAGAAGACGAGGGUGCAGAUCGGGAUCAAGAGGUCAAGUCGCGGGCGUUAGUAGCUGAGCGUGGUGGCAUUCUGCUUCAUAAUACGCCCGGCGAUGCACAGACACACUUGGGAGAGAUCGGUAGCAUUCACCUCGCAUUCCAAAGCAACGAGUAUCAGUCAACAGGCUUCAGCCACUUCAUCUCCUGGGAGCCUGGUACCACUGACAAUGGGUCAAACGCUCCUUUAGCCUCGACUACCCCGAAGCCACCUGUAUCGACGAUCGACGGUCCCCCAAGCCCAACCGAUAUGGUGUCAGACACUGAAGUAUCCUCCCAAAUAAUUGUGGACCCAAUUGCAGAGAGGGCUGGUCUUAUUUUGGACACUCAGCUAUCGGACGGGUGGAAUAGCAUAACGUGGGAGGGAUCUAUGAUACUGGAGACCAACGGUCGGCAGAUUCACAUCGUGGCCAAGGUUAGCAUCAAGAACGGUGGCCGGGAGCAAUUGCUGUGCGAAUACAAGAUCUAUCAGCACCUGCAAGCUACAGCAUGCGACAUUAAUGCCACGUCUGGAGCCAGUGCAUCACCUCACUGCUAUGGCGUCUUUGUCGAUACUCUUGGCACCACCGUUCUCGUGCUGAAUUACGCGGGCCGACCACUUGACGAAUUCGCCUCAAACGAUUUCGACAAGAUUGCAGUUUACCGAACCGCUGUUGCUCUCCACAACGCUAAUGUGUUCCACGACGAUCUCGAGCCCCGCAAUGUGCUCAUAGAUGACCAGGGAGGAGUUCAUAUCAUCGACUUGGAGACAGCAUGGAUAGGCCACAAAUGCAGCGGACCGUCUUGUUCGGAGCUGCAGGGUUUGCAGGAUGAUCUCGGACUCGCGGAUGAAGAAGUUGCUCGCUACUUCAAGUAA